AGUGCUAAUUUUAGAGUUGAAGUAUACUUACCAUUCAAAUUUAUAGUAUAGUUAAUUUAGUAAUAAUCUGUUGGAAAUUGCUGGUGCUAUAAUUUGUAUCAGGACUAUAAAACAAAUGAAAUCCAAAAGCAACAGUAAUUCAUUCUUCAUUAUUUCUUUCUAAAACAAAAACAAUACUCCUGAAGAUUACAAAAAUGGAUCUCCAACGAAACACGAUUGAUGCAAUCAUAGCUUUGCUAGUAUUUUUGACGGUCUCAGUCUCCGUCAAUUGUCUAACAUUUGAUGUGACCAAAUAUGGUGGAAAACCCAAUUCUGAUAUUUCUCAGGCUCUAGCAGUUGCUUGGAAAGAUGCUUGUGCGGCACCAAGUUCAGCUAAGAUAGUAAUUCCAAAAGGUUUAUACAAAUUAAGAAAAGGAUAUUUCAUGGGACCAUGCAAGUCACCUAUUGAGUUUGAGCUGGAAGGAACAUUGCAGGCCCCAUCCACAGCUAACGGCUUCCAAAAGGGCGAUGGAUGGGUUACUUUUGAGCGCAUCAACAAGCUAUCCGUGUACGGUAGCGGCACUUUCGACGGUCAAGGAAAAAAUAGUUGGGGAACUCAGUGCGCCAGGACUAACUAUUGCGGUCAACUCCCCGUUAAUAUUAGGUUGAACUAUGUGACGAAUUCGGUGAUCAAGAGUGUGACAUCCCUAAACAGCAAGCAAUUCCACUAUAUAGUUUACGGAGGAGAGAAUCUAUCGUUUAAAAAUGUUAAAAUUAUAGCACCCGAGGAUAGUUGGACCACUGAUGGAAUCCACAUUGGGCGUUCAACAAACAUCACCGUCACCGACUCGAUCAUUAAAACAGGCGAUGAUUGCAUCUCCAUCGGGGAUGGAACAAAGAAAUUGACAAUAACGAGAGUUACAUGUGGACCUGGCCACGGAAUUAGUGUUGGUAGUCUUGGAAGGUACAACAAUGAACUCCCUGUACAAAGUAUCUAUGUCAGAGACUGUACAUUCAAGGGUAGCACAAAUGGAGUUAGGAUCAAGACAUGGCAAGGUUCUCAGGAUAGUAUUGCAACAGAUAUGCACUUUGAGAACCUCAUGAUGUACAAUGUUCAGAACCCCAUCAUCAUCGACCAAGAGUAUUGCCCAUGGAACACGUGCAACAAUGUUAAGGAGAAGCCAUCAAGAGUGAAGCUUAGCAAAGUGAGCUUCAAGAACAUCAGGGGAACAUCCGCGACUGCUGUUGGAGUGAAGCUUAUUUGCGGGGGAUAUUCGUGCCAAAAUGUGGAAAUUAGUGGCAUUGAUCUAAAAUACAAUGGCAAUGGGCCCACUAAGUCCGUUUGUAAGAAUGUGAAGCCCAUGGUCUCUGGCUACGUGAACCCAGCUGUUUGCAAACAGUAAUUAGUACUACCCAUGGCACGAAUACAAUUAUUAUACAAGUUGAAGUCAUUUUUUCCUUGUUAUAUAGUAUUCAUGAAUCAUGCUAAUUAACGGGCAUGAUUACUAUCUUCAUCUAAAGCUAUAUACACCUCUCUCUUUUAGUUAGCUUUCUGUUUUGCUUUACCAUACUAUUUGACGUAUGGUUACUGGUUAGAUGAUCAUUAAGUCAUUUGUAUGAUUUUUGGUGCCCGCGGAUGCAGAGUUUCGUCGCGGCUAGAGAAAUAAGAUAAUCAGCAAUUUGUUUUGUUUUGUUUUAGUUUUUUUGGUGUUUUUUUUUUCAAUUAUAAAAUAACUAGGAACUAUUCCGCAAAGCGCGGUCCUUAAUAUUCAUUGUAAUAAUUUUUUUUAGUGGCAAAAUUUUUGUAAUGAGUGUUAUAAUAUAAAAUAUGACAUAGAAUUGUCAAUUAACUUA